ACUGUACACAGGCCCUAGACUGCCCAUAGCCCAUAGCCCAGAGCCCAGAGCCCAGAACCCAGAACCCAGAACCCAGAGCAUCUUGAAUUGACGUGAUAGCUUAAUCCGAACUCUCGUCUCUUAUACAUAGUAGACCGGUCCUGGUCCUUCAAAGUAACCCCAAACCUUAUCACGAUCAUGUAUAAUAUACCUGUAUGGUCUGUAUGGUCUGUAUGUCUAGUGCAAACACACUUUAAUACCGAGCAAAUCCCAUUCUUCCAUCUAAAAGCCUUCUUCCGCCCAACUCAGUAUCCCGUUAUGACGUCCCAUGAUCCCAGCAUUCAGGGACCAGACCCAGUCUAAUACAAUUGCUCCGUCGAAGUUUACCAGCACGACCGGUCGAAGUUUGCCUCAAUAGGAAGACAAAAAGAAUCUAGAUAGUUCGCGCGAUCUUUCACACACACACACAUACGCUUUCUCUCUUUCUCUCUCAGGAAUCGUUUUACAUCAUAAAUUAUUACAUUUUCCAUAAAUUAUUACUUUUUCGAAACUCCUUGAUCAAUUUCGAGAAACGUAGAAUAUAUCGACGACUUGACGUUGCCAUAUUUGUACCCCAACAAUAACAAAUCAACUCGAAGGACUCUGUGUACUCGGUGAAACUAAGCUACUAAGCUGUCACCCAUCACAAGAACUAUCAGAAACCUACAAAAGCUCGCUGCAAGCAUGAACGCAGCCGUGGACACUGCGCGGAAAUUUGACAAUUGGUCAGAGGAGAUUCCAACUUCAUGGACUCCAACAAUGUUCACAUCACCUUUCGGUGAGAGCAUCACAGCUCACGAUUCUCAACUUUGGGCUAGCCCGGGUAACAAUCUAGACGACUAUUAUAGGCCAAAUCACCAAUCCGCGCGGGAGGAAUUAGUACAUGAUAUAGAUACAAGCGACAACUUUGAUGCUGGUUAUACAAUUGACAACGCCGCCGUGGCAGCAGGCACGUUUCUUUACGACCAAUAUACAGGCACAAAUGUAUCUGGACAAUCUACUCACCAUGAUUUAGAUGACCCUUUUGCUGAGCACACAAGACGAUCGGAAAAUACCCAACCAAAUGCCGGUGAUGGAGCAAUAUUCGACGAUAGCACCAUACCGGCAACUAUAAUAUCACCAUCAACAAACCGCAAUCGAUUUUCUUCGAAUAGUUCCGAGACGAAUAAACUUUCGCCUCAAUCAGCAUUGGGAAUAUCCCCGGCGUCCGCCUCUUCGAUGAACUGGAUGGCGGACGGAGGUGACCCACCCUCUCCUCCGUCUCCAGCAUGUAGCAUCAAUGCUGGCAUCGACCACAUGCCCCCGAUCAAGAACAGGCGUAACCGCGAACGGAAUCGCGUUGCGGCACACAAAUGUCGGCAGAAGGCGAAGCAGAGCAUGUCGGAACUGCAGACACGGGAACGGGAGCUAAGCCAGCAGAAUCGGAUACUUCUGGAGCAUGCGGGUAGCUUACGGGACGAGAUUCUGGAUCUCAAGAAUGAGAUCCUCAAGCACAGUAAUUGCGAUAGCGAUAUUAUCCAGAAUUACAUCUCGCGGGCGGCUCGCGAGGUACACUAAUGUAUAUUGGAACUCGACUUCGCGGCGACUCACGACUGGGUGGUGGGCGAGGUUCUUCUCAUCGUCUUGAUAUUUUGAGGGGGGGUUCUUGUUUGAGCGAGGAUAUCAAUGAGUUUACUAAAAGAACGGACGUAAAUGGUAAGAUUACGACUAGGGCCAUUUUUUCCCAAAGGGAAUUUUUUCCAAGUAUCUCACCUAGACCAUUAGGUCUAAUAAUGACGGCGGUUUCGUCUGGGGCGUCAAUUGGGCCUGCUGGACCCUAGUUCGCCAAGUACUUCCAAGUGGCUCUUGAAGGCUGGCAUGACAUGGGGUUUAUCUGGCGCUUCGUCUUUCUUUUCUCACAAGGGGCCCUGGAGAGGAAGUUUUGUCCUUAUGGGAGGUGGACGUAUGGAGUCAUGUCAUAGUAGUUGACUGCGAUAUAGCACUGAAUCGGUGGCCGGCGACACGUUUGUUCAACUCAAACAACAAGGCGACAUGCCAUAAUCAAUAUGUUGAAUCUUCAAAAUUUGGGGAAUUAUAAAAUGUAGUACCAAGACGGCUUGAUAAAACUCGAUGAGGAGUCAUGGUCGAUAUUUCCAGACUCGUGUCGUAGGAUUAAGUAGAUACAGUUUAGUUGAUACGGAAAUACCAACAAAUAUGCAAGAAUGAGAGUCCAUAGUCAACUAUGUUGAGGAAUUCUCCGAGGGGAUAAGAGCUUUAUAUAUGCGAGCGCUGCUAGGAAGUGACU